ACUAAUCUUCGCACCUUCUUCCAUUCUUUUUCAGCUGUUCUCAUCCAUGCGUGGUGCCAUUUUUUCUUCUACUCCACAAGAACAGGAGGAUGAGUCCACUACACAACCAGAUUCCACCAAUUCGAGCCCCAAAACCAAAGGAUUCAGAAGCCAUGAUGCAUUUCCUGAUGAUGAUCUGACAACCCAGAUUUUAGCCACCACAUCUAACCCCUCAGCUAAGUGCAAGCCUCCGAACUGCGCCGACAACCACCACAAUUUUGGGUCAGACUCCGUCAAAUCGUCCCCAGAAUCUGGACCAUUUUCUCCUGAAUCUACCAACCAAAUGCGUGCUCCGGUAGACAUAAAGCCCACAUACAAAGCUAUAGCCCCCUUGGCCGUAGCCAUGGCACCAUCCACCUUUGCCUUGGCCAUGAGACUUCCACUUAAAUCUAACCAGAUAUAUGUCUUAGCUGCACUACUGAAUAUUUACCUGGUCAUUUUUAUGAUAUCAGUGGAGCUUGUUGUUCUUAUAGUCUUCAUCCCCCAUUCCGUUACAGGCAUGGUGGUCAUGAAGGGCCUCCUAGGUCUUGGAAUAGGCCUUUUUGCCGUGGCUUUCCCACUUCAAGUGCUGCUUUCUCUGCCGCAUAACAUAUCCUGGCUCGUCGGCCUGCUUUGUGGGGUAGCUGUUUUCAUGGCUGCCUUCUUAUUCUAUCUCACUAUGAAGGUCCAAGGAGCUGCCAAAGAAGAGAGAGAGAAUAUAGAGGUAUGAGAGAGAGAGAGUUAGUGUGUGGGAGAGGGUGUUUCCAGCAUUAAGUUUUAUGUGAGUGCAGUGUGAAGACACUUGAUAGACUUUAUCAUCUGUGUUCUUCAUCUAUGUGUUCUAUAUGCUGGAGAGAGAGAGAGAAAGAGAGAGAGGGGGCGAGAGAGUGAGAGAGGUGUUUCCAGCUUUUAAGUGCUGUUUGAGUGCAGUGUGAAGACUCUUGAUAGACUUUAUCAUCCAUGUUUUACAUCUAUGUUUUCUAUAUGCUGGAGUGCUUAGAAUAAGUUGGACUGUUGGUUUGAGCACAGUGAAAUCUAUGAUUUCCUGGCUUCCAUGUGUGUUACUUUAUGUGUGUUGAAAUCUAUGAAUUCUUAGGUAUAUUGUCGAACUAUGCAAAUCUUUGUGUUUUGCUUCUUUUUAAUUUCUGCAUUAUUUUUCUCUCUUUUAAUAUUUUUCUCUUAUCCUCUUCAUAUCUUCUUAUGUUUGUAGUCUGUUACAGCAAAAGAGCAAUAAUUUCAAUAUUCUUAAAUGGAAUUAAGGCUCAUAUCAAGAGAUAAGCUCUCUGCACCCCCAACAAAUACUUGGACAUUGAUAUAAGAUUAAAGCCACCGAUUAAAUGCUACCAUGGGAACAUAUUGUUUGUACACUCCCUCCGGUAAAAUCAUAUUUAGAGUUAGGGUGACAAAAUACUCUCAAAUUUUAUGUAUGGUCAGAUCUGUGUAUUUAGUACUAAACUAGAUUGCAAAACGUAAGACCUGAAAUGAUCCUCGGAAGUAGCUCUUUUGCCCAAGUACUAGUGUAUAAUGUGCGGGAGCAUCCUAUACGCGCUAAAAAAUUAAUUGAAUGCCUCAUUUUCUCUUUUACGUCUCCAAAUUGCUUCCAGGUGCCUCAUCUACUGCCCCAACACUGCAAGGUUAGAAGAAACUCGACCACAGAUUCAUGGCUUUUCCUCAUUCUAUUUAUUAGUUUAUUAUGGGUGUGUUCCUUGAUGUAGAAAGGCUUUGCUCUGCUGGUUAUUUUUGAACUGCAGGAUCAAGAGCUGCAUCUGCAAUGUUCACAUUCAAAACCCUAGAUAUAACUGCAGUCCAGUUGUCCAAUUACCACUCUAACUUUAUAGCUCCCUGAGACUCUCACACUCUCUCUAAAACCCUCGGCGCCUAAGCUUCUCCCGAUAAAACUCAUCUAAACCCCUCUCUUUCUCUCUCUCUCUCUCUCU